AACGCGCAGUAGAGCGGACGUGAGAGAAUCGCGCUCCGCAGAUUUCGAGUACCGUGUUCUUUACCUCCUGGGUCCUGCGCCCCGAGUUCGCUUUCUCGUGCAACUCGAGUUCCAGGACAAGCGCUGCGUGGUUUCUAUGCUCCAGGUCCGCUACCUGGUGAAACUCGACUUUUAGGACAACCGCCCCGUAGUUUCUGCGGUCUAGGUCCACUACCUGGUGAAACUAGACAUCAGGGACAUGCGCUCCAAAGUUCUGGCUGUCCACGUCCUUGACCUGGUGACUUUUGACCUUCAGGACUAAUUUUUCCUAGUUCUGACUGUCCUGGUUUUCCACCUUGUGGAUUUUGACAUCCAGGAAAAACGAGGUAUGACCCGAGGUGGUGGACGGUGGUUGGUGGUGCUCGGAGGUGCACAAGGAGAAGGGCGAGGAAGACAAGGAGAUGAAGGUGGACGAUGUGGACGAGGAUUUGUGCUCGGUAUAAUCCAAGGUGGUUAGUGGUGGUCGUUGGUGGUGGUUGACGGUGGUUGGAGGUAAUUGGAGGUGGUCGGAGGUGGACGAGGGAAGGACGAUGAAGACAAGGAGAUGAAGGUGGACGAGGUGGACGAGGAUUUGUGCUCGGUAUGACCCGAGGUGGUUGGCGGUGGUCGUUGGUGGUGGUUAGCGGUGGAUGGAGGCGGUCGAGCUGGACGAGGAGGAGGACGAGGAAGACGAGGAGAACACGGUGGACAAGGGGGACGAGGAUUUGUGCUCGUAUUUGACAACAGUGAUACCUUAUCACGUGGACAGUGGCCCACCUGAUGAUCAAGCUUUACAAGUCCUCAUUAAGAUAUUGAAGGCUAUUAAUGAGGAUAGUCCAACGGUGCCCACAUUAUUAACGGACUACAUAUUGAAAGUUCUGUGCCCCAUCUAGUGAUCCACUAGUACAUAUCCUCCGACGUGACAUCGCUGUGCUACGUAUAAAGAAGAAAAGAUUUAUUAAGAUGCAGAUUGCUCCUCUCUACUUGCUAUUGUGCUUUCAUAUAGCACUACAAUAAAUCUUAUAGAAAUAAGCUCUCAUUGAGAUUUUUCUGCAUUUAUGACUCGACGCGAGAAGGCAAAAAUCAAUGUAAUGCCAUCUGUAAGGUAAUUGGACUUGUAUUCGCACUACGAGAACUCGUUGGGCAUUUUGCGGUGAAAUUUGAAAAAUUGUUGUA